AUGUCACCAGACUUCGACCCGCCCUCCUCGCCGUCCCAGUCUUCUGCCCCCAGCUCCUCCUCCGCCUCCAUCUCCUCCUCCUCCUCCUCUCUCUCGCUGCCUCUCUCCCUUGACCAGAUGGCCCUCCACCCGCACGACCCCGCCGUCCCUGCCUCGUCCCGCGAUGUGGCGGACGCCCCGUUCUACUCCAAGCUGGACAUGAUGCCAGAACGGAUCGACGAGGAUGCGGUCAUGAUGGACUGGGACGAGGACAACGCGAGCGACGAGUCUUCCGGUGAGUCUCGCGGCCGCGGCCGCGGGUUUUUUAUCCCAUCUUCGUUGCUCUCUGUUCCCACCGCGAUGUGCGUGUGCCUCGAACAACGCCCCCGUGUCCGAGUCCCAGUCCCGCAAGCUGUGUCUGUGUCUGUGUCUGUGUCUGUGUCUCCAGCGAGCGCGAGCGCGGCGGGCGGUGUGGCACGCGUGGGUCGCGGGUCGCGAGGGGCGGGGCUGGGCGUUGCGCGGGGGGAGAGAGUCGCGACGCGUCCGGCAUGGCCGUGCCGGUGGCAAAAACCACACGCGGUUGUGUCAUUCCGCGCGCUUUAG